UGCAUGCCGCUUGGCGGCGAUCGACCUCGACGCAAAGCUUGUUUGCUUGGUCGCAAGGAUGUGGGAGGCGGUUGCUGGUCUACCGCAGCCAGGCGGAAGAUUUGAUCGGAGCGUUUCAACGCUGGUGCGUCGCCGAGCUGAUGGCAGCGAUCGAGGGCUUGAUGAAUGAGGGUGCCCUCAUCGCAAAGCUGGUCGCUUGGGCGGAGCAUUCCGCCAACCGACCUCAGCAUUCGGCGGUGGCUUUGCGCCGAAGCAUUCCGCCGAGCGACCUGAGGUCGGCAAUCGCGAGUCGGGAGAUCAUCGCGCCGCCGCCUCCCUCCCUAGUCGGCUCGAUCUCUGCGCUUCCAUAUGCCGCGGGAGCCUUUCUGACGCUGACCGCCCCACUGUCAAUUCCAGUGGGUGUUCUCCUGGGAACUGCCAAUCUCUCUUUGAUGGCAGCCAAGUCAACCUUCACCGGCGAAUCGUCGUGGGGUUUGGGCUACUCGACUAAUGGUGAAGUCACGGGCCUCGGUUUCGACUACUGGGAAAGCAUCGCGAAAGAUUCAAUCAAUCACGUUGUGGCCUCGCAGACCAAAGCCGUCCUGUGCGCCUUGCGACUCGACUUCUCUCAGCGCGUUGUCACCUACCAAGCGCGGCUAGAUUGCCCCGCCGCAGCUGGCGACCUGGCUGGUCAAAUACACGCGUUUGACGUGACUGAACAGCUGCUGCGGCGGCUCAACCAAGCCUUGCAGGAGAUCGACGAGGGUUCGUCCGUGAGGCAUUCAGCCACCCUGGAGACGAUUGGUUGUACGAAUGGCGGCGCCGGUAGCGUGGGUGCGGGCGGCACCGACGACGAGGGUGUGGAACCGGGCGAUGAAUGAGAGUGUGUGACAAAGUCGAAGGGAAGGUGUAAGGUAACUGGCAAGGGUGGUGUAAGGUAACUGGCAAGGGAAGAAAUUUU